AUGUUUUCCUUAUCGCCAUUGGAUUUCCUCUCCGCCGCUCAAAGCUGCCGCUACUGCGUCUCCGGGCUCAGACGCUUCCUGCACCGUGCCACAGCGUUCAGAGCUAGCGACUCGUGAGAGGGGAGACAAGAUGAGGAACAGAGAUCUGUGGGAGGGAACGUGAGGCUGACUCAAGGACAUUUGCCAUGACAUAGACCAAGGAUUCAACCAGAACUGUCCCCUUGUUUGUCUUUUGUUUUGUUUGUUUCUUUUUUUUUCUUUUUGUUGUUGUUUGGAGUUCAUCUGUCUUAACUUGUUCACCCUCCUCUUGUGGAGAGCAGAUAUUGGAGUCAGCCAGUAGUAUUUGUUUGAAUGAAACUUGGAUAUAUCAUACUGCUGUCUGAAGGCUGGCCCUUUCACUCUACUCAUCACCCUCUCAUAUAUCACUGAGACUUAAGAUAGCAAUAGAGGUAUCAAAGGUCUUGACAAAGCCUGCACUUAUCAUAUCUUUGUGGCAUUGAUUACAUUUCAGCCAGCACUUACAUUUAUGAUAUUUUACAGAAGUCUUUACAUUAAUUUAAUUUGUUGUAGCCUCCUUGUCGUAAGCAAGGUGUGUUGGUUUGUUUGUCUUACUUAUACUUAAUGAUUAAGUUUUACAGUGCAACUUUUAGUUUUAUCAAUUUGUGUAAUUAUUUAAGGAAGUAUUUGUUGAUGUUGCGUAGCUGCUCUGCUGCCUUUUGUUGUUUAUUCAACUGGUAGCUUUAAGUUGUAUUGCAUAUCUUUUUUUUUACUUAUGCAAUUUUGUGCUGAUCUAGUAGUGGUAUAUGUACUUUUUAAAAAUUUUUCUUUGAAUAUGUUAAAGUGUUGCCUCCAUUUUUAAACUGGCAGUAAACUGUAGAAGCUGACAUCUUUUCAUGUCAAACUGUGACAGAAGGACUGGUCUUCAGCUGGUCCCAUCUUCACUGGAUAAAUACGCUAAGCAGAAAAACCUCAAAACUGGAAGCAGUUUUUCAAAUGAAGAUACUUCUGAAAUGGACUGACGGGAACAGAAACUGAACGCUCGUUUUGUGGCGUUAGCUUUGAAAAAAACAAGCACUGAAGGAAGAAUAACUUUCAGGGACAAAGUUCUCAGACUGUAUUAAGAAGCCUUUAGAUUUUCCCUGAAAAUUUUGCAGAGUUGCCAAAUUCCACUUUUGAAGCUUUUGGUGAGGAUCCCACCACACACUUGUUAGAGACACAGUAGACUGAAUUUUUCCUGUUAACCUUGUCCAGUUUAGUAUAGAGGAUGCGAUCACCAGAACCGUCUUCACCCUCCCCAGCAGAAGCUCUCCUUCAUGGUCAGUUUGCCAGCUGGGGGUCAGGCAGUAACAGCAACAAUAACAGCUGCCCCAACAGCCCUGGUGGUCCAGGGGGGCUCUCCCCUGCUGCAUCCCCUACUCCAGCUCUGGCCUCCAACUAUGCCUUGACCCUCACACACACCCAUAUACACAUCCAGCGCCUGUCUCCACGGCCGGGAAAGGAAGCCCGUCUCCUGCUGCCUUUAUCAGAGCUUGUGGGUUGCAGCUGCCCUCGUGCCCCUGCACCCCCUCUCCUGGUGCUGUAUUGGUAUCCACCAGGCAAACGACGAAAGGGCAUUUCACGGCGCAGGCAGGUGAGGGCCUACCUGGCAGAAAGUAGGCCUGAAGCUGAGAGGUGGUCCGCUGCUGUGCAAUGUCUACUCAGAGGUGUGACCGUCACUGCUGACACAGAAUUUUCAAGAAGUCUGCUACCUCGUCCCAGGCGACUACUGUUAUUGGUCAAUCCCUUUAGCGGGCGAGGCCAGGCAAUGCAGUGGUGUCAGACCCACAUCCUGCCAAUGAUUAGAGAAGCAAACAUCAGCUACAACCUUAUACAGACAGAGCGUCAGAACCAUGCCAGGGAACUUAUCAGAGAAAUAUCUCUCCCAGAGUGGGAUGGUAUCAUCAUAGUUUCUGGAGAUGGCCUGCUGCAUGAGGUGAUUAAUGGGCUGAUGGAGCGUCCUGACUGGGAACAAGCAAUAAAAACACCUGUUGGCAUUCUGCCUUGUGGCUCUGGGAAUGCACUAGCUGGCUCCAUCAACCACCAUGCAGGGUAUGACAUGUGCCUUCGGGAACCCCUCCUUUUGAACUGCUGCUUCUUGCUCUGUCGAGGCGGUGUCCGACCCAUGGACCUGGUCUCCGUGACAACAAGCCCCCCUCCCUCAAAUAACAGUCGUCCUUUGGCCCCCAAAAGACUGUUUUCGUUCCUUUCUGUUGCCUGGGGCUUUGUGUCUGAUGUGGACAUUGAGAGUGAGAGGUAUCGUGGCCUGGGCUCUGCUCGCUUUACCCUGGGCACCCUUGUGCGCAUAGCCUCUCUUCGAUCUUACAAGGGUCGUCUUUCAUACUUGCCUCCAUCUAUUGUGACCACAUCACCAGAUGCCACCCCUCCUCCGCCACGGAGACCCCUCUCCCGCAGUAUCACAGAAGGCCUGGAGGGCUUUUGCAAAACUCCAAUUCAUCGCACCUGUUCUGACAUGGGCAUCAGCGAACAAAGGAGCCUGCGCAGGGGUGAAGGCGAGAGGGAAAAGGAGGAAAGGCAGAGAGAGAGGGAGAGGAGAAGAGAGAGGGCCCGGGGAGGAGGAACUGGUGUGGUGAGGGCGAGCAGCCUGGCAGAGGACAGGGAGAGGGAGGGGGAGGUGGAGAUGGAAGCGGAAGAGGAGAUGUCAGGGACAUGUUCGGAGAGGUCAGGGACCAGUUCAGAAUCAAAUGAAAGGUUGGCAGGCAUCAAGGAUGAAAGGGAAGACGACGGAAGAGUAGAACAAGACUCGAGUGAAAUGGAGGAAGAGGAUCGGGGGAGGGAUGGGGAAGGCAGUGCUGGUUCUGUAGAGGGGGAGGGAGUAUUGCGUGCAAGAGAGCUUGGUGAGAGCUACGGGGUCGACAUGGGGCGGGAAGCAGAUGAAGAGCCAGAGGGCAGUUUUACUUACCAAGAUAGUCUUCAAGAAGCCAGGCAGACACUGAGGAAGAAUUCAGCCCCUUCGAGCCAGAUUGCCAGCACCCUGUUCAGCCAGCCCCUCAGUCAGGAGGUAGACCCAGACUCGAGCACCUCAUAUGGGGUCGAGGACAUGGAUCUGAACGGAACCUACUUUCAGAAAGAAACAUACCCACUGGACGUCGCUCGUGAGCGAGCUCUGACCAUCUCCUCUCCCUUUCGUCACUCUCCCUUCUCUUACAAACCCAAAACCCUGGACCAGAACCAGAAUGCCUCCCGGCCUAGGCCUCUCUCCCUCCUCCAGCACUCCCACUCAAACUCCCUCCCCCCGAAACUUCCUUCUCUCUCUCUGUCUCUUUCUCCCACUCCCCCCUCUUCUCCAUCAUGUGCCUCCCCACACUCCUCCUCAUACCUUGUUCCCCGCCCUAACACACCAAACUCCACCUCCCCUUCACCCUUACGCACACCGUCCUCAUCUUUUAACUUUGACAUUGCUGAGCCAGCAGGACCAAUGAAGAACCGUCCUUUCUCACUGCCUUUAAACCUCCCUAGGGAUGACUUGUUACCCCCUCUUGACCAACCUCUUCCGACCAGAGACUGGGUCACUAUUGAAGGGGACUUUGUCCUGGUCUUGGCCCUUUAUCAGACCCAUCUCGGGGCUGACCUCCAUGCUGCACCCCAGGCCAGAUUUGAUGAUGGCCUAAUCCACCUGACUUUUGUGCGGGCUGGAAUCUCCAGAGCCACUUUGCUGAGGCUGUUCUUUGCCAUGGAAAGAGGAACUCACCACUCCGUCAGCUCACCCUAUGUGAGCCACGUUACCUGCAGAGCCUUUAGGCUGCAGCCCUUGUCUACACGGGGAACACUCACUGUGGAUGGAGAACUGGUUCCUUAUGGACCGCUUCAAGCACAGGUUCAUCCUUCCAUGUCUCGUCUCAUUGUUGGUGACUCUGGAGUGAAGAUUACUAGAUUCUGAUCAGGGAUUGGUUGAUCUGAUUGACAGAUACAGCACUCUACUCAAUUAUGUAAUCUCUGUUGCCAUGUAUGCUUUGAGGGAAAGAGGGAUCAGCAUCUGAGAGACUUAAAAUAGCCUGGAUUGCAGAAACUGCUUUUCUGGGGUUUAAUGAAAGGGAUAACCCACCGAGCCACGCAUCAUUGGAGCACGACUGCAGGGAUUAAUAGUGAAUUUGAAAAUGGAUGAAAAAUGCGCCUCAUUGCACAGCUGUUGGAUUACACUCAGCAUACCCUGAGAAGCAUGAAAACUGCACAGCCUGGGAUAAAAAUAGGGAAGAACAAUCGAAUGUCGAAGGAUUUUUUUGUGCAGAUAGUGCAUGUGUCGGAUGUAUACACAGUAGUAUGCAUGCAGAGAAGCACUACCUGAUUUUUGCCUUACAGUGAGAUGGAGAGAAAUCAGAAAAAUUUAAAGUUGUCCUUAAAAAUAAAAUGCUAUAAGACACAUUGAGAUUCACUGGGCCAGUCCCAUAGAAAUCCUCCCCAACCUUCCAUCUUCUACCUUAUCUUAAAUCCUUAAUGUUUAGUGUCAAAACUUACGUCCCUCAAAGGAAUGCCUUAUCUGCUACUGGAUGAUGUAUCUCUUGUGACUUUGCCCUUUCUGAUUUACAUAAGAAAUUUAAAUCUACUUAAUCUCUAUCCACCUAUCAGAGUAUCCGUCCACUUCAUGAGAGAAAAGCUAAGCUUAAAUGUUUAGACAUAUUGAUAGAACCACUGUAUUGUUAUCUCUGAGCACGCUGUUCUCCGCUGCUAAGCAUCAGUAGACAAGAAUGUGGACAUUAGUACACUUAAAUGACCCUAGUGUUCUUGCAAAUGAUUUAAUAUACAGCAGCAUCAUGAGGCUUUUCAGAGUCAUAGCAGUAAUGGAACUGUUGAACGGUGACCAUUACAUUUGUGCAUAUCUGCCUGCAUUUAUUAAUAAAUUGAUGCACGAUUAUGAUGUCAGUGAUAUCAGACUUUAAAACAUAUUGGGCAUAACAAUGUCUGAACAAAUCAAACUUCUUUGUUAGACUUAAUUUCAAAGAAAUCCAUCAGAUUCACAUAUUUUAACCCUCAGCACUCUUUGUGUUUACAGAAUAUCACUCUGUUAAUAGCAGUCUUGGAGAGUAAUCUGAGUAUCAUUACAUACAUCCGUUUAUUUUGCACAAUAACUGAAGUUAAUGCAGUACAGAAAAUCACAACACUAGAUUAAGGAGAAGUUUUUAAAUGAGUCUAAACAGAAACAGCUUUUAUUUUCGAAAACCGUCUGGACACUAAAAUUAAUGGAUCACAGCUCACCCUUGAUAUGAAAAAUUAAAAAAAAUUUAAACAAAGGACAGAAUAUUCUGGAGGUUUUUUUAAAAUUAUUUUUUAGAGGCUAAAUAAGGCAAAAGUAAUUCGAUCAUGAAAAACUUUCACUGUGAGAAAACAUGAGUCACACUAAAUGAUGAACUUCUAUUGAUUUGGCAUAAGGAUAAAGAUCUUUGAAAAUGAUGAUGGUUGUUCCAGAUUAAAUUAUGUGGCAGAAUUCUACAGGAUACCUUUUUUUUAAAAUGAAAAACAAACCUGCUGAUAUUCUUUGUCAGGGCAAUAGAUGAAUUAUUAGCAUGUGCAUUGUAUCAAUCAAUCAGGAAGAUCAUACGCAGACUCUGCUCGAGUUGUCAUCAUCAUACUGUAUGUGUUGAUCAUACCUGGACAAAUCAAUGCCUUUAUAUUACAAGCCUGUAACUUCUGGCUGUUGGUCAUAAACUGUUCAAUUCUGACCGCACGGGGUUGGAGUAAAAUGCUUUUGCUCCACAGGCUGUCAUUUUUUUUGUUUUGUUUUGUUUUUUGGCUUUUUAAAGCACACAAUGCAGCUAGUCUACCACAAUUACACUGUGCUUACACAGCUACCGAAUGUGAGUUCAUUUUGAGUCUAGGUUUGUAAACAUUACCAAAUAGAAGAAUCAAUAUACACUUUGAAUGGAGUUAUUGCCAAAAUGUUUACUUUUGAUGUUAAGAGGCUAGUUUAAAGUUUACCUUCCUAAAUAUUUGGUGUCUAUGGCCGUAGCUUGGACCAUGGUGUUAUAGACCAAUUUAUUAUGACAAUGUCAGGGUUUAACCCCUAAAUUGAUAAUGCUAUUAAGAUGUUUGUAGUGGACUGCCUGUAAGUACAUUGUAAUUAUUACUAAAACUAUGAAAGAUAUACAAUGUACAGUUAAUAGUUAUAUAUGGUUUUGAAUAAAUGUAACUCAAUACAUUUGUCCGGAGCAAAUCUACUGUAUUCUUGUCUUCUGUCACAUCAUUGUCUUAAAUCACCAACCUGAAUAUUUUGUGUGAUAUGAACAGAGGGGUGUUAAUUUAUCAGAUUAUAUUAGGUUGGUAUCUUUUGUUGAAUCUAAUCAGCACAUAGGUUGAUGCUCAUCUUAAACCUCUUUAAUCACACUAUGCUAAUUCCACAAAGAACUUAAAAAAAAAAAAAAAUGUUAAGCAAUUUCACUACACGAAUGAAUGUCUCCUUCACAGUGUCAUUUCUUAAAUAAAAAAGUCUUGAAAUGAA